AGGAAGGUGGGAGAUCUCGGGAGAUGUGUCCGCGCAUGCGCUCUGAGCUUUAGGGAAGGCGUGGCUUUACCUCAGCGCGGCUUGGCGGGAAAAGGUGGAAGUUUCUAGAUAGCGGCCGCCAUCGUUCAGUCAUGGGCUUCCUCCACCUUCUCAUACUGGAGAACUUUAAGUCAUGGCGGGGGCGGCAGAUCAUAGGGCCCUUCAAAAGGUUCAAUUGUAUAAUCGGCCCCAAUGGUUCAGGAAAAUCAAAUGUAAUGGAUGCGAUUAGUUUCGUGAUUGGAGAGAGAACGGCUAACCUGAGAGUAAAGAGCAUCCGGGAACUCAUCCACGGGGCAAACAUAGGGCAACCGGUGUCCUCCAGCGCCAGCGUCCACCUGGUAUAUGGUGAGGAGAACGGGGAGGAGAAGACCUUCUCCAGGAUUAUUGUAGGGAAUUCUUCUGAUUAUCGACUGAAUAAUAAGUCGGUGGGACGUGCAGCCUACAUUUUGGAGCUAGAACGAAUAGGAAUCAUUGUAAAAGCAAGGAACUGUCUCGUGUUUCAGGGAGAGGUGGAGUCUAUUGCCAUGAAGAAGCCUAAAGAAAGAACCCAUCUUUUCGAACAAAUAAGCACCUCCUUAGAAUUUGCCGAAGAGUACGAGAAAAAGAAAAAAGUGAUGCUACAGGCUGAAGAAGAUGCACAGUUCAGCUACAGCAAAAGGAAGAACGCAGCAGUGGAGCGAAGGCAGGCCAAGCUAGAAAAGGAAGAGGCUCACGCCUAUAAGAAAUUACAACAACAAGUGCGUGAGAGCAAAGGGAAGCUCCAGCUGUUUCAGCUUUUCUACAAUGAGAAUAAACUGAAAUAUUUAUUAAAGUAUUUGGAAGAAAAGCAGGUCGAUACUAGUAGCCAAAAAGAGCAGCUCACACACUGUGAGUCUGAGCUGAAAGCAGCAAAGAAGGAACUCGGUAGAAUGACCAGAGAACAGCAACAUAUUGAGAAAGAAAUAAAAACAAAAGAAACCUCAUUAAAUGACUUAAGGCCUCAGUACAUAAAGGCAAAAGAAAAUACGACCCAUCAAAUAAAGAAAUCCGAAUCGACUAAAUCUUCCUUGAAGAAUAAUGAAAAGCAAUGCAAUAAACUGGAUCAGGAGAUUGUGGAGCUGGAAAUGGAAAUCAGUGCAGUUCAGGAGGCCCGGAGAGGGUUUGAGAGGAGAGUUGAAGAGGAUCAGACACAGAGGGAGGUUGAUAUUGAGUUAGAACAAAGUCAGCUAGAACAGUACAAGUCACUGAAGGACACCGCAAGGAAAAAAAGUGCUGUAUUGCAGCAGCAGCUAGAAAAACUGCACUGGGAACAAAAAGCGAACGAAGAGAAGCUAAUAAUAGAUCAGAGGAGACAGAAAGAAAUAGAGGGGAAUAAAAAGUGUGUUGAGGAGCAGAUAGAAGAAUACCACAGGCGUGAAGGAAAAUUAGAAACUUACAUUAACAAUAGCAUCAAUGCUUUGGAAGAACACAGGAGCCAGGAGGAGCAACUUGUACAUGAAAUUGAAUCAGGAAAGCAGAGAAUGUCCGAGGUCAAUGAGGAGUUGAACAAUACUGUUAGCGAACUCCAGAAUGCCCGAAUCGAUUACCAUGAGGGAAGCCGUCAGAGGAGGAAAGCGGAAAUUCUAGAGAGCCUGAAGAGAAUGUAUCCUGAUUCUGUGUACGGCAGAUUGUUUGAGCUGUGUCAUCCCAUCCAUAAAAAAUAUCAGCUUGCUGUAACCAAAGUGUUUGGCAAAUACAUGAACGGCAUUGUCGUGUCUACUGAGAAGGUGGCAAGAGACUGCAUCCGAUUCCUUAAAGAGGAAAGGGCAGAGCCAGAGACAUUCCUGUCCUUGGACUACCUGGAGAUAAAACCAAUCAAUGAAAAGCUAAGAGAAAUAAAAGGCGCAAAAAUGAUGAUUGACGUGGUGCAGUGCUCCAGCGCUUUACUGAAAAAAGCCAUUCAGUUUGUAUGUGGCAAUGGACUGAUAUGUGAGACAGUGAAGGAAGCUAAACAUAUUGCAUUUGAUGGACCUCAAAGGCUCAAAACUGUUUCUCUGGAUGGAACUUUGUUCCUGAAAUCUGGUGUGAUAUCUGGAGGAUCGAGUGAUCUACGAUUCAAAGCUAAACGCUGGGAUGAGAAAGAAAUAAAUGAUUUAAAAGAGAAGAAAGAUUCUCUGAUGAGUGAGCUGAAGGAACUAAUGAAGGUUAGGAGAAAAGAGAGCGAUUUAAAGCAACUUCAGGCACAGAUACAGGGAACACAGACACGUCUGAAGUAUUCCCAGAGUGAGCUAGAAGUUAUUAAGAAGAGACAUCUUGGCAAAUGCUUUGCGGAAAGAUCCAGGCUGGAAAGCGAGUUUGCUAAUCUUGCAUCUCAUAUCACAAUGUUAAAGGAGGAACUUGAAAGGAGAAGACUAGAAAUCGAAGAACUUCAAGAAAAAAUGAAUAAGGUGGAAGAUAAAGUGUUCAAAACUUUCUGUGAGGAGAUCGGUGUGCGUAAUAUUCGGGAUUACGAGGAGAAACACUUGAAGCAACACGAGGAGACCGAUAAAAAGAGACUAGAAUUUAGUAAUCAAAAAACACGAUUAGAAAUUCAACUGGAAUACAGCCGGGGGCAACUGAAGAAGGAGACAGAAAAGACGACAAAGCUAAAGGAGAGUUUGAGUAAAGAAGAAGAGGAAAUAGCAAAACUGAAGAAGGAAGAACAAAGAAUUCGCCUUAAAGUAGAAGAAGUUUUAUCUCAACAACAGCAACUUAAAAACCAGCUGACACUAAAGAAGUCAGAAUGUGGGGACGCUCAGAAGUUUGUUGAGGACGUACGAAAGAAGCUUCUGAAUGUAAACAGGGAAAUGGGUAAGAAGCAGAAGGAAACAAUGAUAGUAGAAAGCAAGAUAGAACAGAAAAAAUUAGAGAGACACAAUUUACUUCUGGAUUGCAAAGUGCAGGAUUUGCCAAUUCAUCUACUAGCUGGCUCCUUGGAUGAUAUUACGGAAAUUGAGUUGGAAACAGAGAGUGACAGCACGCCAGCCACUGCAGACAUCUAUGAAAGAGAGAUGAAUAUUCUCAUUGACUACAGACAUCUUCCAGAAGAUUUAAAGAACCUAGCAACAGAAAACGAAAUCUCUGCUGAACUCAUGAAAAUGCGUCAAGAGUGCAUCGCCCAUGAAAACAACUUCCUGAAAACAUCUGCCCCGAAUUUAAAAGCUAUAGAAAGACUUCAGAAUGUCACUGACAAGUUUCAUGAAACUGCAGAUGCUUUUGAGGCCAGCAGAAGGAAAGCGAGUCAAUGUAGGAAUGAAUUUGAGCAGGUGAAACACAGGAGAUAUGAGCUUUUUAGCCAGUGUUUUGAGCAUGUAUCUUUAGCUAUCGAUGAGAUCUACAAGAAACUCUGCAGAAAUGCCAGCGCUCAGGCCUUCCUCAGUCCAGAAAAUCCAGAAGAGCCUUACCUAGAUGGGAUCGGUUAUAACUGUGUUGCACCAGGAAAGCGCUUUAUGCCGAUGGACAACCUGUCUGGUGGAGAGAAAUCUGUGGCCGCACUAGCCUUAGUGUUUGCUAUUCACAGCUUCCGUCCUGCACCAUUCUUCAUUUUAGAUGAAGUUGAUGCGGCUUUAGACAACAGUAACAUUGGAAAAGUCACAAGUUACAUCAGAGAGCAGUCCAGAGAGCAGAUUCAGAUAGUGGUGAUUUCCCUGAAAGAGGAGUUUUAUUCCAAGGCUGAUGCCCUGAUCGGAGUGUGCACAGAGCAUGAAGAAUUAUGUAGCGAAGUGCUGACUCUGGACCUGACUGCUUAUGAAGAGGAUGACGAGGAAGAGGGAGAAGACACUGACCGUAAACCAUAAGAGCUGAUGCUCCUCCGGUUAUACAUGAAUUAAUUCACUUAUAAGUUUCUGUUCUUAUUUACUGGAGUCCUGUAUAUUUACAAGCAUUUGCCAUUUUGGAAAGAGUUGUUCUGUUGUUACAUAUAUUACUUUAGUUAUGUCAUUCACUUGGUUUUAUGGAUGUCAGGAAAUCUGUAUUUCUGUUAAAAUUACAUUUAUGAGUAAUUUGUCUUGUCUGACGCUGAAAUAGGGAAA